AACUUUGAAUAUGAAAUGUUUAUAAUAACAAUCUAGUUGCCCUUUCGAGCAAUAGAACGAGCCAGUUGGGCAGUUGGGUCCAUGGCUGGAAUAACGAAAGCAAUGUCGAAGUUUCGUUUAGCGGUUGUGCAGCUCCAUGUGUCAAAGGUCAAGGCAGACAACUUGAGCAGAGCAAAGAGGCUGAUCCAAGAAGCUUCUGGUCAGGGAGCAAAGGUGGUGGUUUUACCUGAGUGUUUUAACUCUCCGUAUGGGACCGGUUUCUUCCCGGAGUAUGCUGAGAAGAUCCCAGGAGAAUCCACACAGGUUCUGUCAGAAGCAGCCAAGGAGAAUAAGGUUUUCCUUGUUGGAGGGUCUAUUCCUGAGGAGGACCAGGGUAAACUGUACAACACUUGCUCGGUCUUUGGCCCUGAUGGAAAUCUGCUGCUGAAACACAGAAAGAUUCAUCUUUUUGAUAUUGACGUUCCAGGGAAGAUCCGUUUCCAGGAGUCUGAGACCCUUAGCCCUGGCAGUAGUCUGUCUAUGUUUGACACACCGUUCUGUAAGGUUGGCGUUGGGAUCUGCUAUGACAUGCGCUUUGCAGAGCUUGCUCAGAUCUACGCUAAAAAAGGUUGUCAGCUGCUGGUAUACCCUGGAGCUUUUAACAUGACCACUGGGCCGGCCCAUUGGGAAUUGCUGCAGAGAGGGAGGGCAGUGGAUAACCAGGUGUAUGUGGCCACGGCCUCCCCAGCCAGAGACGAGACCGCCUCAUAUGUCGCCUGGGGACACAGCACUGUCGUCAGUCCCUGGGGAGAAGUGAUUACAAAGGCUGGGGCCACAGAAGAAGUCGUUUAUGCUGAUAUUGAUCUCCAGUAUCUGGCUGAUAUCCGUCAGCAGAUUCCCAUCACAAUGCAGAAACGGACUGAUUUGUACAGCGUAAACACUGUCCAAGAUGGCUGAAGAGUCUUGCACCAACAAUCAUUAUCCCAUACAAGUUGGAGUUACUGUUCAUGUGCACCUUCAAAGACUGAUGCAACUGUGGUAAUUGAUAGUAUGCAACUCAGUCCAUUUCAGACAUUAUACUUGAAUGAAUAAUAUGGAAUGAAAUGAGUGAUAGUGCCUUUAAUGUUGAGCACAUGAUGUACUUUGUUUUCAAUUGAAUCCAUGUAUAACAGUGGUAAUGUCUUAUAGCAGGAGGGAUGCAACAGAGUUUGUGCUAAUCACUGCUGGUAUUGUUUAAUAAAACCAUGCUUUGAUUAUGGCAAAGAAGA